UAUUAAUACAAACAUGAUGAAAAAAAGUAAAAAGCAAGGAAGUAGGACAAUAACAAAGUUUAGCUCGAAAAAAGACAAGCCUUUUCGCGUACGCGGCGUACAAACAGAUCCGCCUUCCACAAGUGAUGUUGGCAUCCAAUGCCAACGAUUCGAUGGGGACGAAGAUUGGUUUGAGUCUGUGCCGUCAACAGAAUCGAAUGAAAACCCGGAUGCGGAGAGUCAUUUUCUGGCGUUUGUUAACCAGCACACCACCCGCUUUCCCAAUGCUAUGCUCGGGUGCCUCUUGUGUGGAGAAGUGGCCAAAAAUCUGCAAACGCAUCAGCAACACGUGAGAUUGCAUUAUGGACCGCCAUCACUGUGCUCCGACUGCGGUGAAUUCGUCAGCCACGAGAAUUUGCUCGCGCAGCACAAGUACAGCUGCAGGGCACAUGCCCAUCCCAGAUCCCGGCCACAGAUGCACAUGCAGUGCCCCCAUUUGCACUGUACUGUUAUGAUCACAUCAAAGACGCAGCUCCGCCAGCAUCUCCGGAGGCAUGUGGUCUCCAAGCCAUAUUAUUGCUUGCCGUGCUGUCAGAGGUUUAGCUCUACAACACAAUUCCUGGUGCACCGCAUACAGAGCACCACAUGCCGAUGGGCCAAGCCCUAUUACCUUGCAAAUAACUCGACGGACUUACGACACAAAGCGAAGAUCAAUCGCUGCUCCGUUUGCCUGAAACUCUUUAGCAAUGCCUAUCGCUGCCUGCAGCACAAGCGACGCUGCAUCCAGGAGUAUCAGCGGCGUCUGCGCAAAUUGCUGAGAAAUCCAAAUAUAAAUAUAUAAUAGAAACAAUGCAAUAAAUAAGUAGUAAUAUAGAGUAAAGAAGUCCGGGUGUAUCGUAAAACGUAACUGCAUGAAAUAAAGAUCUGACCAUAGCUCGAGGUUUUGUCAU